CCGCUCCCCCUCGGCGGAGCAGUUUGAGUGACACCGCGAUCAUCUCGUUUCCCUUCAAGCUUCGCCUGUUGCCGCCGCCGCCGCUCCAGCGCCGAGCCGGGAGCCGGGAGUGGAGAGCGCAGGCUGAGGCUCCGCCGGCUCCGGCCAAGAGAUCCCCCGUCUUUAUGCCGUGAUCUCCCAGCCCAGCCAGGCACCGGGGGCGCAGGGCGGGGUGGGGGGGACUGCGGGCUCUCCCCAGCCCUCCCGCCCGCACACCUCUUCGGGGGGCUUCCCCUCCUCCUUCCUCCGGGGCGAUUUGUCAAACUUCCCCCCUCUUCUGCCAGCAGCAGCAGCAGCAGCAGCAGCAGCAGGGCUGUCCUCUCCUCUGUGCCGCCUCCUCCUCCGCCGCCGCCGCCUCCUCCUCCUACUCGGCAUCGUGUAUGCACAGCAACAAAAAAUAUAUCCCCGACCCAGCCCUCGCGCCGAGGCUGGAGCAGCUCACCGGAUCUCUGGGGCUGAGGCAACUCUUCCCACCCCCGCGCCCCGGCUGCCCCCCCCGCCGGCGCCCGCAGGAGCCCAGCAAUGCCGAGGAGGAAGCAGCAAGCGCCCCGGCGCGCAGCAGCCUACGUUUCAGACGAACUAAAAGCAGCAGCACUGGUGGAGGAAGAUGUGGAACCUGACGAAAACGCAGGUGAUGGGGAGCCUUCAGCAAAAUAUGCAUGUCCAGAAAAAGACUUCAGUAAGAACUGCCAAAGCUACCAAAACUCUCCAGCAGCUGAAUUUUCUAGCCAUGAAAUGGACAGUGAGUCCCACAUCAGUGAGACAAGUGACCGCAUGGCAGACUUCGAGAGCAGCUCUAUUAAAAACGAGGAAGAGAGCAAGGAGGUGUCGAUACCACUGGAAGACUCUACGGUAUCUGACAGUUUAGAACAAAUGAAAGCAGUAUAUAAUAACUUCCUCUCCAAUUCCUACUGGUCCAAUCUCAACUUGAACCUUCACCAGCCAAUUUCGGAAAAAAACAACGGUAGCAGCAGCAGUAGCAGCAGCAGCAGCAGCAGUUGUGGAAGUGGUAGCUUUGACUGGCACCAGACUGCUAUGGCCAAAACACUACAGCAAGUUUCUCAGAGCAGAAUUCUUCCUGAACCCAGUCUUUUUAGCACAGUUCAGUUGUACAGACAGAGCAGUAAGCUUUAUGGCUCUAUAUUUACUGGAGCCAGUAAAUUCCGCUGUAAAGACUGCAGUGCUGCCUAUGACACUUUAGUAGAAUUAACAGUGCACAUGAAUGAAACAGGACAUUAUCGAGAUGACAACCAUGAAACGGAUAACAAUAACCCCAAAAGAUGGUCGAAACCUCGUAAACGUUCUUUGCUUGAAAUGGAAGGGAAGGAAGACGCCCAGAAAGUGUUAAAGUGUAUGUACUGUGGUCAUUCAUUUGAAUCUCUUCAGGAUUUGAGUGUUCAUAUGAUCAAAACAAAACACUACCAAAAAGUGCCUCUGAAGGAACCUGUUACACCUGUAGCAGCAAAAAUUAUCCCAGCUACUAGAAAGAAAGCAUCACUGGAGCUUGAUCUUCCAAGUUCUCCAGACUCCACGGGUGGGACGCCAAAAGCAACAAUCUCAGAUACCAACGAUGCACUUCAGAAGAAUUCUAACCCUUACAUUACGCCAAAUAAUCGCUACGGUCACCAGAACGGUGCCAGCUAUGCCUGGCACUUCGAGGCGAGGAAAUCCCAAAUUCUGAAGUGCAUGGAGUGCGGAAGUUCCCAUGACACUCUGCAAGAACUCACAGCUCACAUGAUGGUGACGGGACAUUUUAUUAAAGUCACUAACUCUGCCAUGAAAAAAGGGAAGCCAAUUAUAGAAGCCCCAGCAACACCAACAAUAACGUCCUUAGUAGAUGAGAAAGUCCAGUCUGUGCCACUAGCUGCCACCACCUUUACAUCUCCUUCCAACACACCUUCUAGUGUUUCCCCUAAAUUAAAUGUUGAGAUUAAAAAAGAAGUAGAAAAAGAAAGAGUCAUUGCCGAUGACAAAAUGAAAGACAAAGAGAAGUCAAGUGAAGAUGAGGAGAAGUAUGAUAUCUCCUCAAAAUACCAUUACUUGACUGAAAAUGACCUAGAAGAAAGCCCUAAGGGGGGACUAGAUAUAUUGAAGUCUUUAGAAAACACAGUUACAUCAGCUAUAAACAAAGCCCAGAAUGGCACACCAAGCUGGGGCGGCUACCCCAGCAUUCACGCUGCCUACCAGCUGCCUAAUAUGAUGAAGCUGUCAUUGGGUUCAUCUGGGAAGAGUACACCAUUAAAACCUAUGUUUGGGAACAAUGAACUGGUAUCACCAACUAAAAACCAGCCCUUGGUGUCUCCACCAAGCAGUCAGACCUCACCUGUGCCAAAAACAAACUUCCAUGCCAUGGAAGAAUUGGUAAAGAAGGUCACUGAGAAGGUGGCUAAAGUGGAGGAAAAAAUGAAGGAGCCUGAAGGAAAGCUUUCCCCACUGAAGCGUGCGACACCUUCGCCGUGCAGCAGUGAAGUCAGUGAACCCCUUAAGAUGGAAUCCUCCAAUGAUGGUGGCUUUAAAAGCCAGCAGAACAGCCCAGUUCCUCAGAGAGAUGGUUGCAAGGAUAGUCCAACUGUAGAACCUGUGGAGAAUGGGAAAGAGCCUGUUAAGUCCAUUGUAGGUUCUUUAAGUAGCAGCACAGCUAUCAUCACUGAUCACCCUCCCGAACAGCCAUUUGUAAACCCAUUAAGUGCACUGCAAUCUGUCAUGAAUAUUCACCUUGGGAAGGCAGCAAAGCCAUCUUUGCCCGCUUUGGAUCCAAUGAGCAUGCUUUUUAAAAUGAGCAACAGUUUGGCAGAAAAGGCUGCGGUGGCCACCCCACCUCUACAGUCCAAAAAAUCAGACCACUUAGACCGUUAUUUUUAUCAUGUCAACAAUGACCAACCCAUAGAUUUGACGAAAGGCAAGAGUGACAAAAGCUGCUCUUUGGGUUCAGCGCUUUUGUCAUCCACAUCGACAUCUUCUGCAUCUUCUUCAUCUACAGUGACAACAGCAAAGACAUCUGCAGUCGUGUCAUUCAUGUCAAACUCGCCGCUACGCGAGAAUGCCUUGUCAGAUAUAUCUGAUAUGCUGAAGAACCUGACAGAAAGUCACACAUCAAAAUCUUCCACACCUUCCAGCAUAUCUGAGAAAUCUGACAUUGAUGGUACCACAAUAGAGGAACCAGAAGAGAGUACACCAGCUCAGAAAAGGAAGGGACGUCAGUCUAACUGGAACCCUCAGCACUUGCUCAUAUUGCAGGCCCAGUUUGCAGCCAGUUUACGGCAGACUUCAGAGGGGAAAUACAUCAUGUCAGACUUGAGCCCUCAAGAAAGAAUGCACAUUUCCAGGUUUACGGGACUUUCAAUGACCACAAUUAGCCACUGGCUGGCCAAUGUGAAAUACCAGCUCCGAAGGACGGGGGGAACUAAGUUCCUUAAAAAUUUGGACACUGGGCACCCAGUGUUCUUUUGUAAUGACUGUGCUUCACAGAUCAGAACUCCUUCAACUUAUAUCAGUCAUCUUGAAUCGCAUCUGGGUUUCAGGUUAAGAGACUUGUCCAAACUGUCCAGUGAACAGAUUAACAAUCAGAUAGCACAAGCAAAGUCACCGUCUGAAAAACUGGUGACGUCCUCUCCAGAGGAAGAUAUCGGAACUUCUUAUCAGUGCAAACUUUGUAACAGGACUUUUGCAAGCAAGCAUGCUGUUAAACUUCAUCUUAGUAAAACACAUGGGAAGUCACCAGAGGAUCAUCUUCUGUAUGUUUCGGAGUUAGAGAAGCAGUAGCAUUUGCUUUUGAUUAAAAUAACUGUAAUUCGCUUUGAGGAAAACUGUCAAAGACGCCUUAAAGCUACUGUUUAGUUCUUGGCACAUGUUCUUAUUUUAACUCCAGAGUCGCUCUGGGCUGAACUGUUUUGUAUAACUGUACAGUGUUUAAAUAGAGGUGCAUAAUCAGCUGUUGUUACUGGUAAAAUAUGAAGGUUAAAAUGCAGUGGUAAGUGUUUGGAACUUUGUGUAAAUUGGAUUUAGUUGCUGUGCAUCCCUCUGAUGCAUCAAGCUGCAUGCAUUAACAGACAGUUUAAUUAAGCAUUUAUAACUAAUUCUGGUGCACUUUUUCAUGUGACCUAAGUGUGCUGGUAUUUCUCACCCUAUAAUCUUUAGCCCUCUGAGUACUUUGAAGCACUUUUGCAUUAAUUUGGUAAAAAUGUAUGGAUAUGGUUUUUUUUAAACCCUUACCAGCUUAGUUCUGAUUACUAAUAUGAACCUCCAUUUAUGCAGAGGUGUCUCACACCUUGAAAUUUAAAAAUAUAAUUUUCACAUUGAAACAUAGAUGUAUAUAUUGUAUAGAUUUCAAAAUCUCUUAUGGAAAAUGUGAUUGUGGUUAAUGCCAUUUUCUUUUUCUUCAGCAUUUUUAGCAACAGUGGGGUUUGUAUCUGAUAAGUCCCAGGUAUAAACCAUACCUAUGUAUAGUGUAUAUUUCAUUUUUUUUAGAUCUAAUGGUUUUUCCUUUAACAUCCAAACAUUGUAAAUUAUGUGAUAAAAGAUACCACAGAUAGCAUUUAUAAAGUAUUCAGAAACAUUAUUCUUAAAGCAAAGUAUGUUUUGCUUUGUUUUGCUAUACAGUACAUCUAUAUUAAGAGAGGUUCAUGUUUAAAUUAUACAUAUUUAUUAGUGUUGCUAUCAUUUGUUUGUUUUUUUCAUUUUUAUUUUGGUUUGGUUUUUUUUUUUUAAACUGUCUGAAGAAACAGAAGCCACGGACUGCAUUCCUGGCAUGCAUUCUAACUGUUUUGCACAACAUGACUUUUAAAGGUAUUUAUUAGUAAAAAAAUAAAAAUAAAAUAAAAAAGAGAAAAUUCAAAAUAAACUCAGUGCUCAAAGGGUUAAAUCUAUUUGAAAAACUUGUACUGUAUUUCCUAAACAUUGAUAAAGCCUUUAAAAUGUUUGUACUGUAAUACUUUGCUUAAAAAGUUAUGAGGCAUUCUGUGAUAUAACCUCUUUUACUUAUUUAUAAGCGCUCUUGGUUGUUAUUUCCUAUUGUAGAAUGCCUUUUUAUUUCAAUUGGUAACUUUCUGUUUUGUUCUGCCUAAUUAUUCUCCCAAGAUUCCAUACUGCAGCUUUAUCUUUAGGCAUAUGAAAGGUAACCCGUGGUUACCAGCACACUAAGUGAUUCUGUUCGUCUCCAUUUUUGGCAGUUAAUUUGCAGAAGUAACUGACAGCUGACACCAUAUGAGAAUCUAUGUAUAAAAUAUUGGCAUGUAAACAGCACAGACACUGUAAUGCACUCUGUGCCCUGUUUUGUUGUUGACAAUGAAGCACCAUUAUAUGACUCUUCAUAUAACCUUUUUUUCUACAGCAGCAUUAAAAUUGUCUUUUUGCUAUAAUUUUGUGUUGCGUUCACAAUUAUGUCUGAAAUGUGCUACGACUAACGAGCACAUUAAAAUUAAAUUGUAUGCUAUCUGUUUAUGACUGAAGCUUGAGUAGGUUUCUUCAUCUGCCAGGUGCUGGCAGUCAAAAGCUGCACAUAAAUCACUGGAGUUUUAGUGAACUUUAGCAUUUCAAGAGCAGGGUAGCACUUAUUCAAAGGCUGCAUUAACGGGAUUUUUUUUUCCCCCCCAGAAAAGAUAAACGAGCAUUAUAACUCCUCUUCAAACAUCAGGUAAGGCUGGCUGUGAAGAGGGGGUUUAUCAGCAGCACGUGGCAAAGCGAAGAGGUGCUUUGCUGUGCUGAAUUCAGAGCCAGGGAGAUGCUGCUGCUCACCUGCCUUCCUCCAAAUGCAUUGAGCAGAGUCUGCACCGGUGGGUGUUUCACAGCUUAGAGAAUCCCUUUCCAGCUACUCAGCGUUUUCAAAUGACAGGAGUAGGAACCUGAGACCAGUGACUUGAACUUUGUGGUUUUGAAGUGAGUCCUCUUAGGGCCCGACCUGCUGCUGGACAACAUUCCCAGCAGGCAGAGAGGGGCAAGGAAGAUGAAUAAACACAUGCCAAAGAAACACAAACAAGCAGGAGCAUUUAUAUGAUAAUGACAGACUUUUAGUGGUGUUGACAGGUCAUCCCAUCAAAACCAUUGAAAAUAAUUUGCUCUCCAAACACCUUUAUUACUAUGCAUGUAAAUAAUGUCUUUUGCCAGUCAGGUGAACCGAGAGUCUGGAGACGGUUACAGGGGAACCAAAACCACCAUUACAGCACUUAGGCAUCAUGUGUAAAAAUAGUCUCUGAAUGUCAAAUGUACGGAGUUUCCUUUCUUUUUUUAAAAAAAAAUCCACUGUCUUGCAGUAAGCAAGUAAUGAAAUCUUUGGGUUGUUUUGUCUUUCCAUCUUUCUUUCUGUUUUGCCGUCUUCCUCUGUAAUUCUAAAGGCCAGUCCCAUGCCUCAAAAGUGUAUUGGAGUGUUCUGUUCAUUCUACAGCAAAUACUGCCAAGUGGACCAAGUGAACGGGAUUAGGGCUUUGGGUUUUUUCCUCCUCUUUUGGCUCACAGUUGUAACUGAUAUUAAGGUCAUUUGUGUGUCAGUGCUUAUGGCCUCAGCUCAAAUUCCAGCAAUAAAAUCACAGCAUGCUGUUUUACUGGUUGACUGUACCAUCCCAGGAGUCCCCCUCACUUAGCCAGGAGAGGCAGCCUGGCUGGCUGAAGCCUUUUGUGAAGCCUCCAGGGUGGCUGUCCACGUUUUUCACAAAUAGAUGAUCUCAGUGUAAACGCAGCCAAACUUUUUACCUCUGCAGCAGAGAAUUCCUCCUUUGAAAAUUAUAACAGCUUAAAUAUAGUAUUUGGUUGCAAACCAGAAAUUCACACAUAAGGAGACUGGCAGAUUAUUGCAUAUAUUGUCAAUCAAUGUAUUUUUAAGAUGCACCAUUGACUUAUAAUAGUAAUGCUAAAAACUCUGUACGCAAUACUGUUAUCUGGGACACGGGAGGGAGUAAAAGCAAGAGACUGCAGAGUCUUCUGCAGUGUUCCUUCUACUUGCUCUUAAAAUACAGGCAAGGGGUCUGAUGCAACUGCCCUAAUCUGGUAUAAGUCUGUUCCUGGGCCUGACUUACCUAGUUCUGAAGGUGCAGUGAGGAGAUGUACUGGGUACAAAUUCAGGGAGCAGCCAUAUCUGUUAGCGUGCACCUUUUUAAUCCAUUUCUUAAAAUACACCGGAAACUUUGGAAAUGAAUGGCUAGUUGGGAUCUGCAUGUCCCAGUUUUAUUAAAAUAAAGUUCAGCUUGCAUUUCAGAACCUCCAGGACUGGCAUACCAAUGUGAUUUCACAUUAUAAGAAUUUAGGGAAUCAGUGAACUAGAAUAAUGUUCUUUUUAUCCAUACACUGAUAUGUAUAUUGGCAUGGUAACUAUUAGUGCUAACCAAAUCACCAACCUAGAUAUGUUAAGAUAAUUUUUUUCCUAUUAGACAGACAUGAAGGUAUGGAUACAGGAUUUUAAAAUAUGCAUCUGAGUUCUGACUUUUGCUUCGCAUCUGAUAUUUUAUUUAGAAUUAUGCAGAUCGAGUGGAAGAGAAAACAAAAUGCCACAAGAAAGAAGUUAAAAAUGAAAUUGUGAUGGGGUGGGAAGAGCUUUAAAUCACAGGUGUAUAAAGGUGACCCUGGUCUAACCCCACCCAAGUAGUGGCUUGUUGCAGCAUACUGUAUAUCUUCCAGCCAUCACAUUUACGCAGUAUCUUAAAAUAACAUUUGUGAUAAAUGUGCAAUUUAACUAAUUUAUGGUGCUAUGAUGUGCUCAGGGCUACAUGCAAGAUGAAAAUCUUAAAUGGAGCUUGAACAGCUCACUUCACAACAAGAAAUCAAUAUGCCAGAUCUUAGAGAGCUGUUCACUGGAGUCAACAUUUAGCAAAAAAAAAAAAAAAUAAUAAUCAGGGAAUGUAUCUUUAAGUUUUAGCGAGUAAGAAAUCUAUAAUUAGCUGAAAUGACUUCUAGUGUAAGGAACUGCGUCUGAAAUCAAGAUAUUUCUAGAAUCUUCAUUAUAUUUUAUUUUUGUAUUAAAAUUGAAAGUAUAUUGUUUUAAUUACGCCGUUGCUUUUGUGGUAAACACGAUGUGCAAUUUUUUAUCCAAACCAAGGCAGAUUAGUGUUAUCAAUAUGGAAAUUAUCUGUUGCAUUUAAAUAUGGCUACAUAUCUUGCUAUAUAAAGCUAAGCACAAUAUGACUCUGCAUGUUAUGACAGCAAAAAAAAUUUGGCUAUACUUUGAGAUUUAAAAAAAUACUGGCAUGUAUUGAAGGGAAGAACCUUCUUUAAUUUUGCAAGUUCUUACUUCAGCUGCAACAGAAAAAAAUGAACUGUGGUGCAAGUGGA